AUGACCGUCACCGUCAUCAGCUCCCUUGAACAGUUCCACGAAGUGAUCAAUGGCGACAAGCCCGUUAUCAUUGACUUUUGGGCAACGUGGUGCGGCCCGUGUAAGGUCAUCUCGCCCAUCUUCGAAAAGCUCGCGGAGCAGUUCCCCGACGCGGGUUACUACAAGGUCGACGUUGACGAGCAGAACGAGAUCGCUCAGGAGGUCAGCGUUCGUGCGAUGCCCACCUUUAUGGCGUUCAAGAACGGCCAGAAGGUGAAGGAGGUUGUCGGUGCCAACCCUAGUGGACUUCAGACGCUCAUCUCUUCCGUCACCACCCCUUCGCAGUGA